GCCGGCCCGGGGGAGGCUGUGGCACCGGCGGGACCGGGGCCGCUGCCGGACGCUGUCGGUCUCGGUGCCCCUUCAGGGGCGGCUGCGGCUCCUCCCCCGGUGCCCUCCGGGUCCGGCCCCGCCGAGCGCGGAAGGCAGACCCCGGUGCCGCGGGCGCUGGUGUGCCGGGCCGUGGCCGUGCCGUGCUGCCAGCGAUGAUUCCCCGCUGACAGGUACCGCCCUGGCCGUCUGUCGCUCUCCGGUCACCACGGGAAUCCCGCCGCUGCACGGCUGCCCCGACCGCUGCAGCUGCCCGCUCCCCGGGGGGAUGCGGAGCCACGCAGUGCCUGGCCCAGCAGAGCAGGAGUCACCCGGCUCCCGGUCACUGAGUGAACCGGGUCUUGAGUCCCUUGGCAAGCGAGCUCCGGUGAGAAGUGCUUGAGUGGGUGUGAGUGCCACGCUGCCCUGUGCCUGGCCUGGCUGUCGCGGUGUUGCCACUCUUCCCCACGCUGGGCAUUUGGGAGCUCUGUGGGCCUGGACCCGUCAGGCGGAGCUGAAGGAGGCAGGAUGGGGCAGGACGGGCGGGGGGCUGCUCCUGGGGCACAGGCUCGCUCUCAGGGGCAGUUCCUCUGCAGGCUGAGCGCCGACUGCAGCCGGGGAUGGCUCCGCUGUCACCUGUGCUGGGGCCCAGCUAGGAGCCGGGCCAUGGGGGCUGCGCCAGGGCCAGCACCUCCCCGCUGCCCUCCGUAGCCUACAGCAGCCCUGGCUGCCUCGGCGGGCCACCAUGGAGCAGCCCGCUCGCGUGCCCGGGCCCCGCCGGCUGCUGGGCUGCUUCAGGCGGAAGCCACGGCCCCUCGGGGGGGAGACACCGCCGGAGCCGGAGCCGGAGCCGGAGCCGGAGCCGGAGCCGGAGCAGCCCGAGGAGACACGCGUGGUGCUGGCCCUGGGCGAGGGCCCGGCGCUGGAGGAGUGUCCCCUGUGCCUGCUGCCGCAGCCCCCCGAGGCCUUCCCCAGCCUGGCCUGCUGCUCGCACCGCUCCUGCCGGGCCUGCCUGCAGCAGUACCUGUGCCUGGCCGUGCGCGAGAGCCGCGUGCCCGCGUCCUGCCCGCACUGCCCCGCCGCGCUCCAGCCCCACGACGUGCACCGCCUCCUUCCCGAGCCCGCCCUGCGCGACAAGUAUGAGGAGUUCCUGCUGCGGCGGCUGCUGGUGGCCGACCCCGGCACCCGCUGGUGCCCCGCGCCUGACUGCAGCUACGCUGUCUUUGCCCAUGGCUGUGCCGAGUGUCCCCGCCUCACCUGUGGGCGUGAGGGCUGUGGCACCGAGUUCUGCUACCACUGCCGGCAGCCCUGGCACCCUGACGGCCCCUGUGCACCGGUGCCACCGACCCCCAGCCUGGCCACCCCCACAGCACAGCUGGAGGAGUUGGCCCACGCUGAGGCCGAGGACAUCAAGGUCUGUCCUCGCUGCAGCGCCUUCAUCAUGAAGAUCAACGAUGGGAGCUGCAACCGCAUGAACUGCACGGUCUGUGGCUGCCUCUUCUGUUGGCUCUGCCUGCAGGAGAUCUCUGACGUGCACUUCCUGAGCCCCUCUGGCUGCACCUUCUGGGGGAAGAGGCCGUGGUCACGGACCCGGAGGAUCCUGUGGCAGCUGGGCAUGGUGCUGGGAGCACCCAUGGUCAUCUCCCUUGCUGCGGGUGUUGCUGUCCCUGUCAUCACCAUUGGGAUCCCCAUCUACAUGGGUAGGAAGGUGCUGGGCCAGAGCCGGCGAAGCAGCCUCUCCGGGUGCCAGCAGUGCCUCUCUGUCACCAGCAGUGUCCUCCUGUCUCUCUUUGUGUCCCCUAUCAUAACAGCUCUCACUGUGGGUGUUGGCGUGCCCCUGGUGCUCACCUACGUGUACGGGACCGUGGUGCUGUCGCUGUGCCGCAGCCGCUGGCGCUGCAGGGGCGGCCGCGCGCCCGGGGACCUCGGCGUGGUGGAGCUGGACAACCUGGCCAAGCUGAAUGAGCUGUGGUCAGCGCUGCCCAGCCCCAGGGCGGGCGAGGACGGAGCUCCAGAGCCCGCUGCCUCCCUCCCCAGCAGCAGCCGCAGUCCACGCCCAGGGCCGCUGUGGCCAGAACGGGACAGCCAGUCAGCCAGCACAGUGGCCCUUGCGGGGAGCAUGCUGAGCGAGGGCCAGGACACCUCUGACAGGGAAGGUGUUACCAUCGAGGUGGAGGUGUCGGUGGAAGCAGUGCCACGUUCUGCCCGGCAGCAGAGCCUCAGCAGUGCCCUGUCUGGGCAGAGCCUCUCUGGGGACUCUCUGGGAGCCACCAGUGACAGGGGCAGCUCCGUGGGUGUCCCUGUGGAGUGAUGGGGGCCUGAGGGGGAGAGUCAUGACCCACACACAGGCCCUGUGCCCUCCUGUGGCAGAGCCAGUCCCCCUCUGCCAGCACACCCAGCCCUGGGAGCUGGGUCCUGGGUGGGUGCCAGCUGCACCCAGCACUGCUGCACCCUGCACUAGCCCUGCCUGCCCCUUUCCCAGAGGCACCACUAGGAAAUAAAGCUGCUUUCUGAGGGUC